AUGAAAAUCCAACAUUUCAACAGCAGACACAGAAAUGGGCCAUUAGACAACCUGAUUAUACUGCCCACAAAAACACCAUCCAUAACUGAUAGGAUAUGCUACAAGAGAAUUAAAUACAGAAAGAAUGGUUCUCUGAGGGACUGGUUUGUGGUAGAACACCAGACGAUGAGGUGGCGCCACAAGAAUAAGAAGAUGAUAGACAUGAUGUACUUUGUCAUCAUUAUGCUGGUGGUACUGAUGAGCUUUGGGGUCGCCAGGCAAGCCAUUCUCUUUCCCAAUGAAGAGCCAUCAUGGAAAUUGGCCAAGAACAUCUUCUACAUGCCCUAUUGGAUGAUUUAUGGGGAAGUGUUUGCGGACCAGAUAGACCCUCCCUGUGGACAGAAUGAGACCCGGGAGGAUGGCAAAAUAAUCCAGUUGCCUCCCUGCAAGACGGGAGCCUGGAUUGUGCCGGCCAUCAUGGCCUGCUACCUUUUAGUGGCGAACAUCCUGCUGGUCAACCUGCUCAUCGCGGUCUUUAACAAUACAUUCUUUGAGGUAAAAUCAAUAUCCAACCAAGUGUGGAAGUUUCAGAGGUAUCAGCUCAUCAUGACUUUCCAUGAAAGGCCAGUUCUGCCCCCGCCUCUGAUCAUCUUUAGCCACAUGACCAUGAUAUUCCAGCAUCUGUGUUGCCGAUGGAGAAAACACGAGAGCGACCCAGAUGAGAGGGACUACGGCCUGAAACUGUUCAUAACUGAUGAUGAGCUCAAGAAAGUACACGAUUUCGAAGAACAGUGCAUAGAGGAAUAUUUCAGAGAAAAGGAUGAUCGAUUCAACUCGUCCAACGAUGAGAGGAUACGGGUGACUUCAGAAAGGGUGGAGAACAUGUCCAUGCGGCUGGAGGAAGUCAACGAGAGAGAGCACUGCAUGAAGGCCUCGCUCCAGACCGUGGACAUCCGGCUGGCACAGCUCGAGGACCUCAUCGGGCGCAUGGCCACAGCCCUAGAGCGCCUGACGGGUCUGGAGCGGGCUGAGUCCAACAAAAUCCGCUCCCGGACCUCGUCCGACUGCACAGACGCCGCCUACAUCGUGCGCCAGAGCAGCUUCAACAGCCAGGAGGGGAACACCUUCAAGCUCCAAGAGAGUAUAGACCCUGCAGGUGAGGAGACCAUGUCCCCAACUUCUCCUACCCUAAUGCCCCGUAUGAGAAGCCAUUCUUUCUAUUCAGUCAAUAUGAAAGACAAAGGUGGUAUAGAAAAGUUGGAGAGUCUUUUUAAAGAAAGGUCCCUGAGCCUACACCGGGCUUCUAGCUCCCACUCGGUAGCAAAAGAGUCCAAAGCUCCUGCAGCCCCUGCAAACACCUUGGCCAUCGUUCCUGACUCCAGAAGACCGUCUUCGUGUAUAGACAUCUAUGUCUCUGCCAUGGAUGAACUGCACUGUGAUAUAGACCCUCUGGACAAUUCCAUGAACGUCCUUGGGCUGGGUGAGCCCGGCUUUUCGGCUCCAGCACCUUCCACAGCUCCUUCAAGUAGUGCCUAUGCAACUCUUGCUCCCACAGACAGACCUCCAAGCCGGAGCAUUGACUUUGAGGACAUCACCUCCAUGGACACUAGAUCUUUUUCUUCAGACUACACCCACCUCCCAGAAUGCCAGAACCCCUGGGACACCGAGCCUCCGCUGUACCAGAGCAUCGAGCGUUCCAAAAGCAGCCGCUACCUAGCCACUACACCCUUCCUUCUAGAAGAGGCCCCCAUCGUGAAAUCUCAUAGCUUUAUGUUUUCUCCUUCGAGGAGCUACUACGCCAAUUUUGGGGCGCCGGUGAAAACAGCAGAAUACACAAGUAUUACAGACUGUAUCGACACAAGGUGUGUCAAUGCCCCUCAAGCGAUUGCUGACAGGGCCACCUUCCCUGGCGGUCUUGGAGGCAAAGUGGAGGAUUCAUCCUGCUGCCAUCCCGAGCGAGAAGCAGAACUGAGUCACCCCAGCUCUGACAGCGAGGAGAACGAGGCCAAAGGCCGGAGAGCCACCAUCACAAUACCCUCCCAGGAGGGUGAUAACUCGGACAGAACCCUGUCCAACAACAUCACGGUUCCCAAGAUAGAGCGUGCCAACAGCUACUCAGCAGAGGAGCCAAGUGUGCCAUAUGCACACACCAGGAAGAGCUUCUCCAUCAGUGACAGACUCGACAGGCAGCGGAAUACAGCAAGCCUGCGAAAUCCCUUCCAGAGGAGUAAGUCCUCCAAGCCGGAGGGACGAGGGGACAGCCUGUCCAUGAGGAGACUGUCCAGAACAUCUGCCUUCCACAGCUUUGAAAGCAAGCACAACUAAACCUUCUUAAUAAGCAUUGCAGAAGGCUCAAGAAUCCAGCCCUAAAAUUCUCCCUGAACCCCACCUGUUCCCCUUCCUUGAAACGUACCUGCUUUAUUCUUAGCUGAGCAAAACAAGCGAUGCCUUGGGAGGUGUUAACUCAAAGGUGACUUCUGGGCCACAGAUUGAGAAAGCACUUUGCCUAGCCCAGUGCCAAACACAGGGGCUUUAAGUCAUGUUCACUCUUGAUGGGUAGGGAGGGAAGAGAGGGAGAAGAAGGGCUGUGGUGAAUGUGUAUGUCUGGUGACUUCAGAAAGCCAUGAGCUCUGGGAAUGAAGGGGCUUCGAGCACUCUCCAUGCCAGGAGGCAUCUUUCCAUUUCUGACCAUUAUCAAGAGUUUUAGGAUACAGGGCUAAAUUGCAAAAUAAGAUGAAAUAAAGUAGCCAGCAUACAAAUGAGAUAUUCUAAACUUCAAUUCUGUUUUCUUUUCACAUUGGCUCCAUCACUGGUGACUGAUGAAGAGCAUCCUUUUUAUUCAGUAUAAGCCGGCAGCAAGCAGUUCUACCUAACGUCCCACAUCCUUCUCAUGCCAACACUUCUGUAAUUGAUCAGUAUAAAGAAAAAACAAGGUAACAGUCAUAGUUCACCUGUCUCUUAUAUAUUCACUUCUGGUGCCACAACUGUUUAUCUUUCUUGAAGAAAAUAAAGGGAAAAGAAAUGCCUUUUUGUAUUGCAAUCAAAAUGAAAGAAGAAUUGAGGCUAAAAACAAAUGUCAAGUGGUAUAUUAUAUACGGUGGGCAUUCGAGUAUAGUCGAGCAAGCUCAGGAUGAAUGUAAUUACAUAAUUUUAUAUUUUUUAAUUUAUUUUGUAUCUCACCUGUCAUCAAUCAAGUCACUCACUGAAUAUGUGAUAGUGAACUAAAAGAAAAAAAUAUAUGCAGUGGGCAGAAGUCACCUAAAAUUGAGAUGUGGUGUACUGUUACAUUCUCACCAUCCGUGUCAUGUGUCAUGCUGCUGUGUGAUUGUCAUCAUUUGCAUGGCUCCACCAUGUCUUCUGAACAUCUCUCCAAGAUGUACCUGGAAAUUCUUCACACCACUCAUCACAUGACCAUUUUGUAUAUGAAGAUCUGCUCCCACGUGGAUAUUUUCAUACCUAGAGUUUUGCCGUUUAAUCUGAGCUCAGCAUAAAUUUCAUUGGAGUUUUUCAAGGGCUGGUAUCUUUUUUAUGGAAAUGUUCCAAAGUACUUUUUAAGGAAGUUUCAAAUCAUAAAUAACCUGAGAAUUGACUGGGAAUUUGGUAUCAACCCAAAGCCAUCAGUUGCAGGCAUACCAUGAAUAUUUUUCUUAUAUACAGAGCUAUAAAAAUGAUACAGUAGACUCAAGUAGAAAGCAAAUAAACUACGUAAAGACUUCUAUAGUAUAUGCUGCUUAUAUACAUAUAUAUGCAUUCACAUGGAGACAUGUUUAUAUAUAGUAUAUAAACAGGCAUAUAGAGCUUUCUUAAGAUUUCUUUUCUAUCACCGUGAGGUAUAAUCAGGAUAUUUUCAUAUUCAAGGAGUUCCAUUGAAAGAGUUCACUCUGUCAUGUUGGAUUUUUGACAGAUGUUGAAAUUAUGUUUUUUUUUAAAUCCCUGUGACCUUAACUCUUCCUUGUACCAAACUAAAGUUGCCAAAAUGACUGGCUUCCUGCCCUCUGCUUGUUUUCUGUCCGCAAACACUUGCUGCAAUGACAUCUUAUUUAGUCUGGUUUCUUCCACACAAAGUUGAUUACGCUAAGUACAAUCUGAAUUAGACAUGUGAUUCUAAACCAGAUAGUAUUACGGACUCUUUAAUACAGAUGUCCACUACUAGGUCAGAACCUGGAUUUGAAGGGGAAUAAAGAAAUCUUUAAAUCUUAAAAUCUUUAAAAUUUUGAAGACCCUCAAAUCUUCCGAUUCCUACUUGCAUCACUGAUUUUCAAAAGAAUAAAAUCUUUAAGGACAAUGACCUAAUGUUCUUGGCCCCCAAAAUACUAUGUGGUUCUCCUGUUGAGUUGUCAUUGUGAGCUCCAGAUUUUCUCAUAAUGUGAAAUCAAGUAAAUAACGUGGACAAAAGCUCUAGCCUUUAAGUUUGUUUUUGUUUUUUUCUUAACCCCUCUGCCCCUCUGAACAAGCCUUUUGGAUAUAGAAAUAGUUAUGAGGCCACAUAUAAAGAAUUAAAGAAUUCCUUUUCACUCUUUGGUAUUUGGGUGAAUCGGACACAAGCAACCAGACUCCCUCAUGUGUAAUUGCCCUAGAAAUGCUUACAUUUUUUAUUGAGCCCCACAUUGACUGUUUCCCUUUCAGCAAACAUGCCUUUGGUCUGAGAAUAAAUCAGUUGCCCUUAAACUUCCUUGAGUCAUGCAUCUCAGUGAGAAUCUUAUGAAAGCUCUGGGCCCUCUCCCCAGAAAAAAAAUAUACAUACAUGCAGAGUUGCAAUGUAACUUGAAAGGGUUCAUGUACCCCUGGUUCCAUGUUGCUUGAUAAUGAGGAAGAGGAACCAUGUUUGUUCAUAAUCAAUACAGUUGUAAUAGGCACUUUACAUUUGAGACCAUUUCUCUGUGAUUCUCAGGAAGGCCAAGUCUCAGCACCAGAGCUGGAACCAGGAUUUUGUUCUUUUCGUCCCUUAGAUUAUAUUUUGCUAGUUUGAUGUCCUUGUAUCCUAAUGUUUGAUGAUUUAAAAAGGCAGAAGGCUCUCUGAGUGAGUCUGUAGAGGAAUCCAAGGAGGAGGUGAAGCCAUUAUUCUUUGACCACAGAGCAGGACAUCACAGCACCUCUAGGGCCCCAUUCUGAACCGGACGGAAAGUGAGGGAAAGAAAUUAUGUGCACAAGUAUUUCCGUUCAUCAUGAUUUCUGGAGAGAACAGAACAGGACCAGGGAAAUGCAGUCCUUACCAGUCCUGACCUUGUGACUGCCUGGUUCUUUGGUUGUACAGGAAAACGAAGCUCUUACAUCUUUCGUGAAGUGUGCAAAAUAUAUAAGCCAAAUCUAAAUGACGUUAAAUGUAAACCGUGCAAUUCUCGUGAGCCAUUUCUUUCCUGUGCACAUACAUGUGUAUUCUCUUUCAACCCAUUUCUUCCCAUUUCUGGGUUCUCUGCACCCCACUGUGGCCUUGAUUCAGUGGCCUUGUGCAGUCAAGCUUAUGUUCAGCUCAUUUAUUCCAUCCCGUCCCUGAUCAAGGAGACGUUAAUUACCUGUCUCUGUGAAUUAAGCAGCUCAUGAGCAGCACAUUAUUGAGGAACGUAAAUAAAGUCAUAGAGAGCUCACAGAAGUAAUCGCUUUGGUUCCAUCAUCUGCUUCUGAGGUGCCAAUUUUUACAUGCUACUAUACAUAAUGAUUCGUUCUAAGUCGCUUGUUCCUUUUGGAAAAAAAAAAAUCAAGGGUGUUUUAUGAAAAUGGCCAUGGAAAUUCCCUGAUUGACCCACAUACUUAUAGUUAGAAACUUCCUCCUGGAUGGAUUUGAAUGAGGAGCUGGAAAUCUUGGACACAGUUGUCAUGGCUAGUUCGUAUAUUUCUCCAAGCCAGAAGGCGUAUUAGCAGGCAGAAUACAGCACUUUACCAGAACUGGCUUUCCUUUUAAGUCUAAGCUUCCAGGUCUAGGAUAUAUAUUUAGCACUUUGAAAGUCCCCCUUAAAAAAAAUAUAUAAAUAUAUAUAUAUACACACACACACACACACACAUAUAUAUAUGAAUAAUCCAAUGGGAAAAAUAUACUUGUAAAAACACACAGUGUGUUUCUUCUAAAUGUUUCAAAUAUAUUCUAAAAGAUGGUUUCUAUAGAUAAUAUUAUGGUAGAUAACUGGAUAGGACAUUAAUUCGACUUUCUGGGGCUAUACAGUCUAAUCUUCCCGAAUGUUUGGGCUGUUUAACUUCUAUCUUGGUAAUCAAUAUUCUCCAGUCAUCCAUCAUGUGCUAUCUAUAGACUGUACCAUUCGAUGUGUCGAGCAAUGCUGUAUUAUAAAACACAUGUACACAUACAUGUAACCCAUGUUUCACCCAGCAUAGUUGUAGCAUGUGGUUGUAUUAAUGAACGUUACAGGAUAGCUUUAUAAUCAUUGACCAAUCUGUAACAUUCAAUAAAGAAGCACAUGUUGCAAGGAUUAAGUAUGUUCCCAAUUCCAUGUUAUUCAGCAUCCUCGCAAAAUGAGCACUUUUGUUCCCGAUCUGCUUUAUGGCUUUCACAGUCCUCUAGCCCAUGAGGAAAUACCUGUAUAAGCCGAUGUACAUCCUCUAACCAGCCCCGUGAGCCAUGGUAGGCGAGUUGUGUUUUGCGAAAGACGAACUGGCAUGUGAUGCAAAAGACUCUCUGACAAAUGAACUUAAAAUAAUAUUUUAAACUCCAGUUGAAUUAGCUGUUUGUUUACAUCUGCUAACCCCCUGCAGAAGCAGUGUACAGUAUUUUAUAAAUAUGUUCCUUUAGUAACGCUGAUAUGUUUGUUUCUAGAUAAAGUGAUGCUACUGUGUAGGUGGUUAUAUAUGUUCUAGAUAUUGCAUUAUGACUCACUAUUCUUUAACAAUAGCAAUGUAACUUAAAUGAAGUAAUCCCUCUCCAAAUCCAGUCUUAAUUUCGUGGCAACAAAAUGCAUGCACUGCUUUAUGCGUUUCUUUUGACUUUUUAAAGGCACUUAACAUUUGACUAUUGCCUGCUGUAACACUUAACCCAGCUAGGAAUUCGCUCACGUCAUUGGGCUUCUUACACUGUUUGGGGAUUAUGUUCGAUUUUUAAAAAUUAAAAACUAAAAAAUAA